UAUACCUAUGUGUUUCAGUCUGCAGUACAAGUCACCUCCUCCCUCAGUAUCGAGCUGCGUUGGGAGAAGAUAUACCUACCAUACAGGCAGAGGGUUCUGUUCUGCAGUUCACCAUGUGUGUGUCGGACGAGUGCAGAGUGCGACAGUGUGCUUCGAACCCGUGCUCAGCGCCUUCCGAGUGCACUGUGCUCACCCGUGUCUGCAGGAGUGGGAAGUGGGGAGAAGGAGACAAUUCGGGCGGUUCGGAGUGUCUGGCCAGUGCCAGUGAGCGGCUGAACCAGAUGGCCAGCGAUACAGACGAUUUCCAGCAUCUGACAGCAGGUCAGGUGGCGGAGUUCACGACAAAGCUGAAAGGGCUACAAUCUGCUGUGGCUACUGACGACGAGUUAGCUAAAGUUGCUCUGAAAGUGGUCAGCAACCUCGCCAGCGUCAACGUGUCUGUGAGUGAGAUGGUGGAAAAGCAGAACGGUAGCAACGCACA